AUGUCUUGUUUUGAGAAACCAUCAGCCAUCCAGCAGCGAGCCAUCAAACAGAUCAUCAAGGGACGAGACGUCAUCGCCCAGUCACAGUCUGGAACGGGUAAAACAGCCACGUUCUGUAUCUCAGUGCUGCAGUGUUUGGAUAUUCAGGUUCGAGAGACUCAAGCGCUGAUUUUAGCUCCGACCAGAGAGUUAGCAGGACAGAUCCAGAAGGUGCUGCUGGCGUUGGGCGACUACAUGAACGUUCAGUGUCACACCUGUAUCGGAGGCACAAACGUGGGCGAGGACAUCCGGAAGCUGGACUACGGUCAGCAUGUGGUCGCUGGAACGCCCGGCCGAGUGUUUGAUAUGAUCCGCAGGAGGAGUUUGAGGACUCGUGCCAUUAAGAUGCUGGUGUUGGAUGAAGCCGACGAAAUGCUCAACAAAGGUUUUAAGGAACAGAUCUACGACGUGUACCGAUACCUGCUGCCUGCCACUCAGGUGUGUCUCAUCAGCGCCACGCUGCCACACGAGAUCCUGGAGAUGACCAACAAGUUCAUGACCGACCCCAUCCGCAUCCUGGUCAAACGUGAUGAAUUGACGCUGGAGGGUAUUAAGCAGUUUUUCGUGGCUGUAGAGCGAGAGGAGUGGAAGUUCGACACGCUGUGUGACCUUUACGACACGCUGACCAUCACACAUGCCGUCAUCUUCUGCAACACCAAACGCAAGGUCAGUCACGCCACAGAAAACUUGAAAUCGCAUCAUAUGACCCCUUUAAGUGUUUGUGAUCUUGUGUUUGUCUUGUGUAGUCGAGUGCUGAUCUCCACAGACGUUUGGGCCAGAGGUCUGGAUGUGCCUCAAGUCUCUCUCAUCAUUAACUACGAUCUCCCCAACAACAGAGAGCUGUACAUCCACAGGAUUGGUCGAUCGGGUCGUUACGGCAGGAAGGGCGUGGCCAUCAACUUCGUGAAGAACGACGACAUCCGUAUCCUGCGUGAUAUUGAGCAGUACUAUUCCACACAGAUCGAUGAGAUGCCCAUGAACGUGGCUGACCUGAUCUGAGUGCUGAAUACAUUCAAGAGCAGUUUCGCUUUCAUCUGGAUCUUUUCAUCUGUGGUUUUCUUUAUUUACGUCGUUCGCGCGCUCG